AUGUCUCCUCUAAACGUUGGUAUUGUCGGUACGGGUAUCUUUGCCAAGGAUAUGCAUUUGCCAUGCUACCAAUCCUACCCAGAUAAAUUCAGAAUUGCAGCUGCUAACAACAGAACCAAGAGUAAGGCUGAGGAUUUUGCUAAAUUAGCUGGUAUUCCGGAAAAUAAGGUGUAUGAUACUCUAGACGAGGUUCUUCAAGACAAGGACAUCGAUUUCAUUGAUGCUAUGUUACCUGUCCAAAACAAUUUAGAUACAGCCAAAAAGGCCAUUGCAGCUAAGAAACCAAUCCUUUUGGAGAAGCCAAUUGCUGCCAAUUUGACUCAAGCUAGGGAACUGGUCAAAAUUGCAGAAGCCAGUGACGUCCCAGUGGGUAUUGCAGAGAAUUGGCUUUAUUUAGAAGUCUUAGAAGAGGCCAAGAAGCACAUUGGUAAGAUUGGUCCUAUUGUUGCCUUUACUCAUAACUCUACCGGUCCAUUUGUUACUUCUAACAAAUACUUGGCAACCACCUGGAGACAAAAUCCUGAACACAUUGGUGGAUUCUUAUCAGAUGGUGGUGUUCACCAAAUGGGUCUUGCCGCUUCAUUAGUUGGUGAGUUCGACACCGUGUCAGCUUUGACUAGACAGGUCCGUAAGGAAUCUGGUACUGAUGAUAUUGUGUUCUCUACAGUUAGCAUCAGAAACAGCGAUGUUAUCGGUACUUUCACUUAUGGUUCCGCCUUCGGUGCUACUGACAAGUCUGUUUACCUCAAAAUCUACGGUAAGAACGGUUCUCUGUUGGUAGACCUUUCCGACAAGGCUCAACCUGUGGUUAAGGUUAGAGUUGGUGGAACCCUAGAGACUGCAGGUCAGGAAGAAGUUUACCCAGUGAAGACUGAUGGUACUAGUGGUGUCAAAGCUGAAUUCUUAAACUUUUACGAGACUGUUUCUCAAAAAGAUAAGAGUUUGUUCAGGGGCUCUCCAAGGGUUACCUUCCACCACUUGGCAGUUAUUGGCGCCUUCCUGGAUUCUUCUGCUAAGAACGGUAGUCCCGUUAAGGUUGAACAACCAUGA